GUCCUCCACUACUAUUUUCUAAAGUGUGGAACUAGGAAACACUACUAAAUCUGCAUAGAAAGGAAUAAAACAGAAAAGGGGGCUGAAAUACACUGGGUCCCAUCACAACUACACUAAUACGUUAGACUUCCUCAUUGCCGCCGCCUUCUUGCACCUUUCAGGAACAUGGCGCUAAUAAGAAAACGGGAGUGGAUCUUGUUCCUCUUGAUUUUCCUAUCUCUAUGGUUCUCACACUUUUCUUUGAGGCGGGGGAGAGCGUGAUUGGGUGUGAUCGGCGCCAAUCAGGGCGAGUUGGGGACGCGCAAAGAAAAUGGCAAAGAGACGCAGGGUGGUAAUGGAAAAACUUCACUUGGCAACACACAGCAAGCUUAGAACAGGAUGGGCUACUGAGCAACAACCGAAGUCUUUGAAGCAAUGUGAAGAAAGCAGGCUCUGCAAAGAAGUGCCCAGCCAGCAGCCCUUAUUCCACAUAUUCAGCAAUGCAGCUGAAAUCAAAGAUUUCCGGAAAAGGCUGCUCACCUGGUACAAUAAAUGCAAACGAGACCUUCCAUGGAGGAAAAUGGCUGCAGGUGAAGCUGAUGCAGACAAACGAGCAUAUGCUGUGUGGGUUUCAGAGAUCAUGCUUCAGCAGACUCAGGUUGCUUCAGUGAUUGGCUACUACAAUCGUUGGAUGCAGAAAUGGCCAACCUUGCAGCACCUGGCUGAAGCUUCACUAGAGGAGGUGAAUGAACUGUGGGCAGGACUUGGCUACUAUUCCCGAGGGAAGCGACUCCAGGAAGGUGCACGUAAGUUGGUGUCUCAGAUGGCAGGUCGUAUGCCCAGGACAGCAGAGGAGCUGCAGAAACUUUUGCCAGGCGUAGGAAAGUACACUGCAGGGGCUAUUGCAUCCAUAGCAUUUGGCCAGGUGACAGGUGUGGUCGAUGGGAAUGUCAUCCGAGUCUUAAGUCGUGUGCGAGCUAUUGGGGCUGAUCCUGCCAGUUCAGUUAUUGCUGAAAGAUUUUGGGCUUUAGCACAUGCUCUGGUGGAUCCGACCCAUCCAGGAGACUUUAACCAAGCGAUGAUGGAAUUGGGAGCAACUGUGUGCACUCCCAAGGCACCGCUGUGUGCAGAAUGUCCUGUGAAGCAGCACUGUAGAGCUUAUCACUGGGUGGAGAAGGAUCUGGUAGGCUCUACCAAAAGACUUCUAGGAAAAACUUCUUCACAGUGCUCUCAGAUGGUGGAUGUAGAAGAAUGUGAUAGCAGCACAGGCAACUGCUCCCUCUGCCUGCCUCCUUCAGAGCCGUGGGAGCCCAGCCUUGGUGUGACCAACUUCCCCAGGAAAACCACCAAGAAGCAGCCCAGAAUAGAGUGUACAGCCACCUGUGUGCUACAGAGGGGAUGUUGUGAUCAGCAACCAGAGUAUCUUAUUGUGCAGAGACCCAGCUCAGGCCUACUGGCAGGACUGUGGGAGUUUCCCAGCCUCCUCCUCAAGCCAGGGCAUCAGAAUCAACAGAAGGCCGCCCUGGCAAGUCACCUCCAGACCUGGGUUGGAAUUGAUGUGGCCGUGGGGCACCUGCAGCCUGUUGGAGAGGUUCUCCACAUCUUCUCCCACAUCCGCCAAACAUACAAGAUCUAUUUCUUGAACUUGGACAAAGAGAAGGGUAACUGGAACGAGGUGGUGGAGCUGCCAGCAUCUCGCUGGGUGACCAAAACAGAAUUCCAGAAUUCUGCAACCUCCACAGCCAUGAAGAAGGUGUUGAAAGCUUAUGAAAAUUGGAGCUCUAAAGUCAGUGCUGCAAAGGUUGCAAAGAGGAAACGAGACGUUCUGUGCGCCAGUCAAUCAAAGCCAAAAGAAGAGAGCAGGUGUUCCAAAAGGCAGCUUUCCCUGGAUUCAUUUCUGGCAGUCUCUCCCAAGAACUGAGCUGCAAUCUUGCUCCUCUGUCUGACUGCAGAUGGAGAGGAAUAUGCAUCCUUCCACUCUCACCUGUGCUGUAUAGUACUUGGAAGCACCACUAGUGCCUCCGUGAGAUGCUCCUCACUUGAAGACCUUGGGAUUCUAUCUGCAACCUUUUGCCCAGACAGUGAAAUCUGCCUACCUGUUGUUAUGCAACAUGAUCUACUGGAGUCCAGUGCAGCAGGGUGAAUCCUAUUUUUUCUGCUGCAUUUCUGCACCCACUGCCAGAUGCAUAUUAUACUUUCAGAGAUGUGGGCCUGGGUCUUCCCCAAAGGUAUGUAGAAGGAAACAGCUGUGGCUGCAGCAAACACACCACAAGAUGGGUGACUAACACUGUUCUUUAACAUUUUCCCACAACUCUGGCUGUUCCAAAGAGGGUAGAUUUUGGCUUCAUUUCAGUGUGUGAUACAGUGAACAAAGUGAAAGUUUUUUAAAGUAUGUGGGAUAGACUGGCAAGGGUGGGCUGAGCCCACAUCCAUUCUCUAUAAGCUACCAAGCAAAAGACUCCAGCAGAUUGCCUUGGACUGCCUCCUUUAGUGUUCUUUUCUUAAACUGAUUUCUUAAGGCAAGUAAUAAUUACCAUUUGCCUGAUAGUUGUUUGCUUGCUUAUGUAUGAGACAGUGUCUUACUGCUGUACUAAAUGGUAGCAUUUCUGUAGUUCGCUGGUUAAUUUACAAUGCCCUGUUUUAACUCGUUUUCCUAAUAAAGUUUUAAUCAAUUUUGGUAA